AUGGCCCCUCCACAAUACAUUAUCAACGCUCAUGUUUUUGGCGAGACCUAUGACAACGAAGAAGUUGGUUUUCUGUUUAGAAACACUGAGGUUAAACGAUUUUGUUUAAGCAGAAAAGCAAAUUUCAGUUACUUCAAAGGGAGAUUAGAGACGAAGCUUGCAAUGGGUGGUGUAUCCCAGAUUUUUUACCAAUACCGAUUUCUUCGUGGAGACAACCCGGUCAAGUUUAUCCAAGUUGAGAUCAAAGACGAUGAAGACAUGCAGAAUAUGUUUGCCAAUCAUGAGUAUUCUGGUUACGAAUGCAUAGAACUGUAUGUUACUCUACCAGAAGUUCAACCCACGCAAAUGGUUGAGUCACAAGUCAUUGAUGCACUUGGAGACAAGCAAGCAGAGGUCGACGUUGUAGAUGAAGAAGAAGAAGCACCGGAAAUAGAAGUUGAUAACCUGGUAAACGAGGAAAGUGAAGAUGAACCAGAAGUUGUUGUACCACGAGAUCAAGUGCAUAUGCCUCCAGUGCACAUGAGAAACCUGAAUUUGGAUGGGGAUGACGAACCAUCGACUGAUAUUUUCUAUGAUCCAUACACCCAAACAGAUCAACGGUUAAAAGUAGGAGACAAAUUUCGUUCUAAGGAGGCAUGUAUCAUGGCCAUAAAAAGAUUUCAUAUGGCAAACAAUGUUGAUUUUAGAGUUGAUCGCGCCAAUGUCGAAAGGUACAAAAUUUACUGUAGAAACACUGAUUGUGGAUUCAGGUUGCAUGCAUCAUACAGGAAGAGAAGUGACUCAUGGGUUAUAGGAUAUAUUUCCCAAGAUCACACAUGUGUUAACACAAAUGUUUCACAAGAUCACCGUAAGCUAAGUUAUGACAUCAUUUGUCAAGAAAUCUUGCCUCUAGUUGAAAAAGAUCCAUCGUUAAAGGUGAAAACGAUAAUCUCUCAUAUCGUUGCAACGUACAACUACACUCCGUCUUAUAGAAAGGCGUGGCUGGCGAAGACCAAGGCGAUCGAAGUUGUGUAUGGAAAUUGGGAGGAUUCGUAUAAACGACUCCCACAUUUCUUAUAUGCGCUUCAAAUUUAUGCUCCUGGAACUGUUACUAUUUUAGAGACCCUUCCGGCGCAAUCUCCAGACGGAACAUCACUUCAAGGAAAUGUGAUAUUCCACAGGCUCUUCUGGGCUUUCCGCCCAUGUGUACAAGGAUUUUCAUAUUGCAAACCAAUUCUUCAAAUAGAUGGAACUUGGUUGUACGGAAAAUAUAAAGGCACCAUGUUGAUGGCUGUGGCUCAAGACGGUAAUAGUAACAUCUUUCCUGUUGCUUUCGCUCUUGUGGAAGGAGAAAUUGCUGGAGCGGAAAAUCCAGAUGCAGGCAGAUGGGUAGACAAUCUUGCUAGAGAGAAAUGGACCAGAUCAUACGACAACGGGAAGCGAUGGGGGCACAUGACUACGAAUCUUGUGGAGUCUAUGAACGGGUUGUUUAAGGGCAUCAGACACCUUCCGAUUACUGCCUUGGUGGAAGCAACAUACUAUAGGAUGGCUUCUCUUUUCGCAAGAAGAGUCAACGAUAUGCCAUAUGUUGCAACAUGCAAUGUGAACUUUAGUUAA